AGUGCAUGGGACAACACCCAACCAAAUGAGCCAUACCAGCCAGGGCACAGAUUUGGAGUCAACUUAUGAGACCAAAAAUAGCUUUUUAGAAAAGAACAUUUCCGAAAUAAGUUUUUCCCAAUGGGCAGAAAAGGAAAGAAGUAAAACACUUGAUCUUGAGGAAUCCAUUUUCAAAAAUAAUUGGAAGUGCAAAAGCAAAUUUGACGGACUACAGGAACAUCAAGAGGAAUACUUUAGUCAAAUGGUAAUCAGUUAUGAAAAAAUGCCCACUUACCAAAAAAGUAAAUCUCUUAUUGCACAUCAAAGACUUAAUCCAGAGAAACCCGACAUUUAUAAGGAAUGUGGGAAGACUUGUAGUCAUGGUUCAAAACUUGUUCAACAGGAGAGAACUCAUACAGCUGAAAAACACUUUGAAUGUAAAGAAUGUAGUAAAAACUUUUUUAGUGCCUAUCAACUCACUGUGCACCAGAGAUUUCAUACUGGUGAGAAACCCUACAAAUGUAAGGAAUGUGGGAAGACUUUUAGUUGGGGAUCAAGUCUUGUUAAACAUGAGAGGAUCCAUAGUGGGGAGAAGCCCUAUGCAUGUAAAGAAUGUGGAAAGACCUUUAGUCGUGGCUAUCACCUUACUCAACAUCAGAAAAUCCAUAUUGGUGUGAAAUCUUAUGAAUGUAAGGAAUGUGGAAAGGCCUUUUUUUGGGGCUCAAGCCUUGCUAAACAUGAGAUCAUUCAUUCAGGUGAGAAACCUUAUAAAUGUAAAGAAUGUGGGAAAGCAUUCAGUCGUGGCUACCAACUUACUCAGCAUCAGAAAAUUCAUACUGGAAAGAAACCUUAUGAAUGUAAAGUAUGUGGAAUGGCUUUUUGUUGGGGGUAUCAGCUUACUCGACAUCACAUGUUUCAUACUGGAGAGAAACCCUACGAGUGUAAGGAAUGUGGGAAGAACUUUAAUUGUGGUUCAAGUCUUAUUCAACAUGAGAGAAUUCAUACAGGUGAGAAGCCCUAUGUAUGCAAAGAUUGUGGAAAGGCUUUUAGUCGUGGCUAUCACCUUGCUCAACAUCAGAAAAUUCAUACUGGUGAGAAACCUUUUGAAUGUAAGGAAUGUGGGAAAGCCUUUAGCUGGGGUUCAAGUCUUGUUAAACAUGAGAGAGUCCAUACUAGUGAGAAAUCCUAUGAAUGUAAAGACUGUGGAAAAGUCUUUGGUAGUGGGUAUCAACUUAGUAUUCAUCAGACAUUUCAUACCAGUGAGAAAUCUUAUGAUGUAAGGAAUUUAGGAAGAUUUACUCAUGGCUCAGGUCUUGUUCAACAUGAUAGAACUCAUAGUAAUGAUAAAUUCCAUGAAUAUAGAGAAUGGGAAAGUCUUUAUAUGGUCAACUUACUCAAUUGAAACAAUUGCUAUUGGAGAAAUUAUGAUUGAAGAGAUGUGAAAACAUUUUUUUUUUUGUGUGUGUGUGUGUAUGGACAAUUUAAACAGAAAUCUUAUUCUAGAGAAAACUUAUGAAUGUGAGGGAUGUCCAAAAGCCUUACAUAUGUAUGGAAAAUUUGAUAUUAGAAAAUUUGUACUAGUAAGAAAUAUUUUAAAUAUGAGGAGUAUGAAAAGGCAUUUAGACUUCUGCACGAUCUUAUUGAAGAUCAAUUUAUAUUGAUUUGAAACUAUUUAAAUGAAAGGAAUGUAUCUUUACUCAUGACACAGAGUCUGAUAAGCAUUGGAGGAUUUAUAUUUAAAAGAGACACUUCAAGGAAUGAGGGAAGAAUGGAAAUUUAAUUCAGUUCUUGCUCGGCAUAGCAGAGAAUAUGCUGUGAAAUCUUAUAAAUGUAAGGAAUGCAGAAAGGUUUAUAGAUGUGAUAAGCAUCUUAGAAUACGUCAGAGAACUAAUCCGCAUGAGAAACCCUUAGGUUAGAAUGCAGGAACACCUUUAGUCAGGUGCUACUCAAUCUGUUUUCUAGAGACUAGUACUAGUCCCAAAAAUGGUAAUCUGUCCAUCAGGAGAUAAAUGCAGAAAAUGAGAGUAAGUGUUUGGAAACAUUUAUAGAAAUUUGAUAUUGCCAUCACAUCGUUGCAUUUUAUAUAAGUAUCAAUUAGCUCAUGAAUGUUUGAAAAGUAAAAACAAAAGUUUGCCCUUACCCAUAAAUAACUGAGACAGUAUUCAUACGUAUAAAAAUGUGACACAAGUUACGAUAUGAUUAAUUGGAACAAGAAAUCCCUCACUUGUCACCUGAUUAGCAGAAUGUUCAUGCUAUAGGAAGAUUUGGCUAAUGUGGGAAUCACAACUUCCUUAUGCCCAUAAAAGCAUAGAAAAUUUACACAAAGUAAGUUCAUUUAGUAAAUGUAUAGAAGGCUUCUAACACUAUUCAGUCUUUUGAAUAACAAAUAUUUAUUAUCUAUGUAAUUAUUUCUGUAACAAAGUUAGGGAGCCCCUUAUCCAUGGCACACAGCAUACUGAUUGUCAUCACUUUUCCACCUCCUUAUUCCCUGUGGGAUGUUGGUCAAAAUGUUUAUCCCUUUUGGGAGUCAUCUUUAAAAUGCUGGUGAUGGUAACUAUUUAAUUGUGCUUUUGUAAAGAUUGGAUGGAUUUAUACGCAUCAACUCCUUGGAAGAGUAUCCGGUAUGUAAUCUAUGCCCAAUACAUAUUAGCUGCUGUUCUUAUUCACAUCAUUAGUAUUACUACUAGUGAAUUCUUAAAGAGAGGAAUGCUCAUUGGUAUAAUAAAUUUAGGAAAGCUUUUCAUAACCACUUAUGAAUUUGAGUUUCAGGUAGUUCAUUCUGGAUAAAAUUUAGUAAAACAAAACCUGAGAGGAUUUUUAUUCAGAAUUUAUCCCUUAAGCUUCAUAAGACAUUAAGACUGAAAAUAAAUGUGGAUUUAGCAAGUGUUAAGAUGGGAAUAUACCUGAAGAACCAGAGAGAGGUAUGAAAUAAUUUGCCUGAAAUGACAGGCAAUAAUUAUAAUUCUUUGUUCACAUUUCAAGAUAAAUUAGAAAUUACAAAGGAAGAAACUACAUUUGAGGAUUCUUUCCCAAAAUCUUAUGGCAAUUUUCAGACAAGUUGAAAGAAUAGUAUAAUGAAUAUACUCUUCUCUACCUAGAAUCAAUAAUAGUUAACAUUUGACCAUAUUUGCUUUCUCUCUUAAUAUAUGUGUGUGUGUAUAUUCAUGUAGCACUUGACUUAUAAAUAAGUCCUGAUAGUUCAUUCCUGAACACAUUAGCAUGUACCUUUUUAGAUUAAGAAUGAUCUUAUUUAAUACCAUGGUCAUACAAGAAAAUUGUCAAUAAUUCUGUAAUACCAAUAUUAUUUUCUAUUUCAUAUUUUCCAGUGCUCCCAAUAAUUUAUCCUAUUGCUAUUUACUUUCUUUUAAAAAAAAAUAUAUAUAUAUAUAUUCUUUUAUUGAUUUUUAGAGAGAGGGGAAAGGAGAGAGAGAGAGAGAGAAACAUUAAUGUGAGAGGAACAUCAAUUGGUUACCUCCUGCAGCCCCCUACUGGGAUGGAGCCCACAACUUGGGCAUUACCCUGACCGGGAAUUGAUCUGGUGACCUCUUGGUGUCUGAGUCGUCACCUGUUGCACUAAGCCACACCACUGGGCACUAUUUACUUUCUAACCAGCAUCCUCUUUAUAUUCAUGCAUUGUAUUUGGUUGUCAUGUCUCUAGGUUUUAGUCUCGAACAGACAGGAAAGCUGUUUUAUAGAAUGAAUACAUUCUAGAUUUGUUUCUUUACCCAUUAGGAAAUAGUGCAUUAAGAAAAAAAUUGAAUUGUAAGACUAAAGUCUCACAUUGAUAAAUUUUAGGUUAGUCUACAGGUAGACCGAUAAUGGUCAGAUAUUGAGUGCUUAACAGUUGUUGAAUAAAUUAUAGCUGCUUGUAGAAGGACAA